UCCAACAGAGAAGAGUUUCACAACAAAAGCUCAACUUAUAUAACCAUGACUUUCUGUGCCAACCCCCAAGUUAGUGGGACGGAGUCAUGUGAGAGGCAAUGUGAUUGUUGGUGAGCUGCAACAAAGAUUCAAAUUGAAAAGGACUAGAAUAAACUAAAUUUAUGUCAGCAAUUCUGAAGACUAUCCGACCCUUCACCAAGGCAUCUGUAGUGACGACAUCUUCCUUCAUCACACUCCUGCUGUUAGGUAGAAUCCCUCUCUCCGACACGCCCAUCAAACCCACAGGCCAGUCCCGCCAAGGCUUUCUACAUAAGGACACACCACGAGAGCUCUCACAAGCUCACUAUUCAAUCAUGUCCAGUAAACUGCGAGAGGCCAGGAAGGAAGCUCUUUGGGGAAUGUUUAUCGCAGAUGCCUUGGCUAUGCCUGUCCACUGGUACUAUGAUCCCAAUGACAUCAAAGAUGGAUACGGAGGCUGGCUAACAGGGUUUACUGCACCUGAAAAACAUCACCCAUCCAGUAUCCUCACAAUAUCUGCCACUGACAACAGUGGAAGGACUGGCUGGGGAGAGAAGUCAAAGCCAGUGAUUGGUGGUGUGAUCCUACACGACAAACUAAAGUACUGGACCAGUAAGGAUCGAUCAAUACACUACCAUCAAGGUAUGAAGGCAGGGGACAGUACUCUAAACUCCAUGAUGGCACUACAGAUGCUGAACACAAUGAGUAGACUGGAUCCCACAGGCGUUAUGGAUGACAGGGAAAUGAGAGGUCAUGUUCUGGAAGAUUAUGUGAGUUUUAUGACCACACCAGCUUCACACAACGACACUUAUGCAGAAUCCUUCCACCGUGCCUUCUUCAAAGACUGGUCGUCAGAGAACUGUCCUCCCAAGUCUGCACCGGAGCUGUUGAAGUGGACAGAGGCAAGAUAUGCCAGGAAGUCCAAGGGUUCCUCUGACCAUCAGCUUGUAGUCAUUGGGUCCAUAGUGCCGGCCAUCCCCUGGGUAAUACGAAACUCUCACAAGACUGAGUCAGAGUGUGCGGAGUCAGCCAUGGCAUUCAUCAAACUGACCCAUCCCGAGCCAGGACUUGUGCCUUAUAUAGAUAUGUACGCCAGACUAUUGCACAGUGUCAUCAAUGGCCGCAACCUUACUUCAGAGGUCAACAAGUGCAUGGUGCGGUCAGAACUUGGUGGGUUGAGGAAGCAGAAAAUGAUACAGAGAUUCGUGGAAGAUGCCAACAGGUAUCCACAAGGAUCAGAGGGCCAGUUACAAUCCUGUCAGUCAGCAGUUGGCCGGCUUGGGUCUGCAUGUUACAUAGAGGGCGCCAUGAGUAGCCUCCUGUUCCUUGCAGCUCAAUUUGCAGACAAUUGCAAUGCAGGGGUUCUAAUGAAUGCUAAUUGUGGAGGAGAAAACUGUCAUCGAGGGGCUGCAUUGGGAGCCCUGCUUGGAGCAGCAUCUGUAUAUCAGGGUCACAGCAUUCAGCCAUCUCUAAAGCAAGGGUUGGGAUCUGCCAAGGAGGGGCUUCUUCAAGUCCUUGAAGAUCUGAACAAAUCAAAUCUGUAAUACUAAAAUUCGUCGAAAUUCACCAAUAGAUAGACUAAACUGUUACUAUACUACAGUGGCUCGUAGUCAAUAGUUCUUUUACAACUUCGCCUGUUAGUUUAUAUUUCAAUCUUAAAUUUAAAAGUGAUCUAUGUCACAUUUUAUAGAUAUCAGUUUGGUACUGACCAAGCAAAACAAUUUGUUCUAUUCCUUGCGUCCAAAGCAGAAACAAUCUGUUCAGGUGCAGAUGAAGCUAUGGUAUUUUUUUUACAUAUUGAUUAUAAACAAUGAGAUUAUUUAUUUAACUACACCAUUGAUAACAUUUCUGUAAGCAGAUCUUACCAAAUGAUAGCAAAGUUGUUCCAUAACUCAUGAAAUAUAUAGCGUAAGUAUUCAAUUGGAAACUAUUUAAUAUCCUCCAUAUACAUAUGUAUUUAUUGGUUUCCUACAAUCCUAUUGUGUUUUUAUGGCAAUUGGAUAUAUGUAAGUCAAUACCAGUCUUUAUCAUAUGAAUACCGUGUUAUGCAGUGUCAUAAAGCCAUCACAUAAAUUACGUUUAUGUAACGUGUGUAAUA